CGUCGCCUUCUUCUUCUUUUUCAUCUGAAUAUCUGAUGGCUGCUCCGUCGACGUCGACUUUACCGCCCGAGUUUAUAGCGGAAAUACUUGCAGAAUUACCCGUCAAGAGUCUCGUGCGUUUUUUGUGCGUCUCCAAGUUAUGGUAUGCCAUGAUAAAAAAUCCGGAUUUCAUAAGGAAGCAUCUCAAGCGCUCCAUCGAGACCAACAGGGAACGCACGCUCAUUGUCGAGGACUGCAAGCGCCUUCACAAUGCGGAUCCCUUGUUUCUGAAAUUUGAGGACAAGAACCGUCGCCCACCGGACUACUACUCGGUACGCUUUCACGACGAUGGUCGGUUCGAUAGAGCCGUGCGAAUCUACCAGCCACUGCGCCACAAAAGAGCAAAAGGCACACUCGUGUACUCUUGCAACGGCCUGGUUUGCCUCUACAACAUGGAGAGUGAGAUUACGAUUUGGAACCCGUUAAUAAGAAAGCAUAAGAAAUUACCUUUUGAGCCUAUCAAUGUCCCUUCAGGUUUCGAGAAAGAUGGCUCUUAUUCUGUCUGGAACUCUCCGGCUAUGUGGUCGGAGUUAGCAUUUGGGCACGAUCCAGUUAACGACGACUAUAAGGUGGUUAAGGUCUCGAAAUUUUCUAAUUGGCGUGAGUCUGUAUUUGAAGUCAAGGUAUAUAGUCUGAGAUCGCAUUCUUGGAAGAGUGUCAGAGAUAAAUGGCCUAAAAAGGAUUCAUCGAUUGCUUCCAAGCCUGCUUUCUUGAACGGUGCUCUGCAUUGGUUGGCUGUUUCCAAAAAGCGCAGGUCUCUGGAAAUGCUUAUUGCUUUGGAUCUUGCUACAGAAAAAUUCCAGACGUAUAAGACCCCGUUUAAGAAUGUUUCUGAUUUUUCAAAGCCCGAUAUGGAGGUGUUGGGAGGAUAUCUCUGUGUUUGCGGGAAUGAAUAUCUGGAGUCUGGCAAUAUGAGUGUUUGGGUGAUGAACAAGUAUGGGGUAGAGAGCUCCUGGACUCGGCUCUAUACUAUUUUGCGGGAGGCAGUGCCAUGGGCGUUUGAGUACUGUAAGCCUUUAGUGUUUUCGAAGAACGGUGAGAAGCUUCUGAUGCACCCGGACUUUGACAAUCUCUUUUGGUAUGACAUAAAAGAGAAGAUAUGCAGCAAGGUUGAGAUUGUGGGUAUGCCGGAUAUGUCUCGGACGGCGACUUGUGUGGGAAGCCUUGUUCUUCUCGAUGGUGAUAGUGUUAUUGAUGUCGACUUGGAAGAAAGGGAACCAGACAAUGAGGCAUGGUAAUCCAUUGGUAGAAGAAAUGAUGUUACAGAUCAAGAGCAUGAAAGGGUAUUUUGGAUUUCUUUCCCUUCUACUAGCCUCGAGCUGCUUACUCUGGAUUCACUUUUUGAUUAUGCAAUGGAAAUCUCAUGUUUUUGUGGAAUCUACCGUAUUAAUACUUUAUGAGAUUUACGAUUAGUUAAAGUUAAGUUUAGUUUCUAUUGUUAAUAUA